AAUAUGCUUAUGAAUGGUACAUGCAAAGGAAUAUUCUAAUGCCCAUUAAAAGUAGCUGAAAGUACAUCAGAGCGUCUGGAAUGUUCAUGUGUGAUCUGCAUGAUCAUGGAUCAGUUGACAAGCAAAUAUUUUGUUGUUUUGCUGUUAAGAGGUAGACAGAGGUCAACACAGGCAUUUUGGAUGUUAUUAAAGCUAUGCUGAAGUGUGGGCAGCAUGGUUUUCAUUGAGGGGUGGUGUAUUCUGUAGUCACUGGUAUAUCCAAAGAAUACUUUCAUUGUUCUGCCGAAUCUCUUGAUAUUUGCCAUUUUUCAAGCAACAUGCACUUUGCUAGAAACUAACCAAGAAUACCACAAUGAGAAUAUGAAAUCAGAAGGAUCCAAAAGCUACUCGUAACUGUAAGCAACUGCUUGCAUGCCAACUCACACAUAUGGUUAUAGCUGUUCCUGAAUCAAAUAACAGACAUGGUGACACUGAGCUAUUCAACAGACAUUUCCAGAGUUACGUAAUCCAUCUUGGUUUAGACCUUUCAGCAGCAUUGCUACAGGCAGCCUUUCUACCGAUUUCCUCAGCAGCUUUUCCAUUUUAUCUAAUUAUUUUUCAUCACGCAUUUUUUACCAGGCAAUAUAAUACACUGUCUGUAACAGAGCAUGUCAGUGCCUUUGUGGACGUAAGAGCCUGAGCCUGGUUCACUGUCAUUGCAGCAUAUCCAUUGUGUCUCCACCGGGACCAGCCAUCCUGUUGAAACACUCAGGAUUCAGCUGCAUAAAGCUGAAGGAUGGGGGAUGGCCAGCGUGGCGGCAUCCGUCCGGGACUCCCGGGGAUGCUUCGAGUGUUUUUGGUGGGGACGUGUGCUCUGACGGUCCUCGGCACUGCCAGCUUGGUGUUCCUCCUCGUGCAGCAGAGCCACCUAUCGGCACGCCUGGCCCAGCUGGAUCAACAGCUUCAGGCACUCUCAGAGACCUCUGGCACUGGGCUGCAAGCUGCAGGUUCACCUUACAAGGCCAGCGAGGAGCCUAGAGACGAUACUUCCAGGGACUUCGCAGAUGACCCUGGGGUGCUGACAGCACAACACCGGACCAGGAGGAAUGUAGUUGACGGGGUUUCACGGAGCAGGACAAGAACCCCAGGAGAGGAUGGAUCUCCUCACAGGACAAGAGAGGCUGGAGGAGAGGAGCUGGACAGGAAGCAGACACCCUGCAGUAAGAGGAGCAGUACCAAAGAAGAGAAGACACACAGACAGCAACGUGAAGAUAGAGACAGGAUGAUGAUGCUGACAAAUUCCCUGGUCCAGAUGAAAGUCUUACUGGAUCUAUGUAACCAAACAGAAAGGAUUUGUUUGUCAGGUAUUACAGGUGUGGAUGGAAAGCCCGGAGUCAUUGGUACAAAUGGCCCACCAGGACCACCAGGACCACCAGGACCACCGGGCCUUCAUGGAAUGGCCGGGAGACGAGGAAAAAAAGGACCCCCAGGAGAGAGGGGAGAGCCUGGGGGGAAAGGAGACCCAGGACCCCCAGGAAUGAAGGGCGAGACUUACAAUGGAGUGAUUAUACAGGGUAAGAAACGAUCAUUUGCAUUCGGUCUUGCAUUCUGUACCUGUACCUUACUCUCCCUGGGUGAAGGAGCUGUGCACUUUGAACAGAUGUCCAACAGUGACUUAGAGGAAUUGAUUAACCCAAAUGUUCAGCAUUUGUAA